UAAAACCACGAGGAGCCGGGGAGCUACAGCUGGGCAGGAAUGCUCCCUUCCCAGCCCGGUGCCGCUGCUGCUGGGGUGGGGUUUUUUUUCUAUUUUGGGGCAAGCUAUUUGUGAAAAGGCUUCCCCCUGUAAUUACCAGCCGAUUUAAUGCACUGUCUAAGCUGUCAUUUGCAGCUGCUUGGUACAGAGUGCUUGGCAAGCGGUGCCUUCAGCCCCACAAAGUUGCUUCUCGCACCUCAGACGACACCAGAGCACCCGGGCAGCAGCAGCAGCAGCAGCAGUCGCCGUCGUCUCCUCUUCCUCACUAGCAAAAUGUCCCUCUCGCACACGGCUGCCGAGUACAUGCUCUCCGACGCUCUCCUCCCCGAUCCCGGCGGUUCCCGAGCCAAGGGCCUGCGGCUGGAGCUGCCGAGCGAUCGCCUCCUGAAGUUCGUCACCGUGGGGCUGCCCCUCUUCCUCGUCUCGUUGGCUUUCGCCCGGGAGUUCUCUGCCGGCUCACAGAUCAGCUGCUUCUCGCCCACCAACUUCACGGGGAAGCAGUCUGCCUAUGUCGACACAGCUUGCUGGGACUCCCUCCUCCACCAUGGCUUCGACGCCGAGGGACACGCAAUCACCAAGUCCCUCUGGGCUCUCAAGGUCUUCCCCUACUCACUGCUGGUGGUGGCAGUUCUCAUGUACCUGCCCUACCUGCUGUGGCGUUACGCAGCCGCCCCAGCCCUCCACUCUGACCUCCUUUUCAUCAUCGAUGAGCUGGACAAAUCCUACAACCGCUCCGUGCGCCUGGUGCAGCACAUGAGGAAGGUCCAGCAGGCCAGCACCGAGCCGGAGCGAUUCUGGGAGGAAUACGAGAGGGCUCGCCGGGAGAGGUAUUUUGAGUUCCCGUUGCUGGAGCGCUACCUCACCUGCAAACAGCACGCCCAUUCCCUGGUGUUCAUCUACAUCCUGAGGAACCUGCUGCUGCUCUUGUUCUUGGCUGCCACCUGCCUCUACCUGGUCUUCCUCCACCUCAACAUCUUCUUCCAGGAUGAGUUCAACUGCUCCAUCAAAACGGGGCUGCUCCAGGAGGAGCCCCACAUCCCCCCGCUCAUCCCCUGCAAGCUGGUCUUCUUCUCCGUCUUCCAGCUCAUCAGCCUCUCGGUUGGGGGCAUCUAUGUCCUCCUCAUGCCUGUUGUCAUCUACAACGCCCUGCAGCUCUGCCAGUGGGACAAGGGGCUGCUCUCCAUUUAUGAGAUGCUGCCCGCCUUUGACCUCCUCAGCCGCAAGAUGCUCACCUGCCCCGUCAAUGACCUCAACGUCAUCCUCCUCUUCCUCCGGGCCAACAUCUCCAAGCUGACCUCCUUCGGCCGCCUCAAUGCCGUCAGCGCCUUGAGGGAAGCCACCGCCAACAAGGAGGACAUUGACACCGUCGUUGACUUCAUGACGCUGCUGGCCGGGCUGGAGAUCACCAGGCCCAAACCCCCCGAGGCCGACGGCAGCGUGUUCCUCCCCAACGGUGGAGCUCUAGAAGCAAAGCCUGGAGUGGAGAUGAUGGGAAAAGCGUCCCGGGACUCGCUUGGCUCUGCCUGACCCCUUGGGACCUGUCCAGUUGGUCUACUGGGAUCCAGUUUGAUCCAAUUCCUUGUUGCCAGUGGUCUCUU